UUUCCGUCUAUUUUCGAGUCGCUUGUCGCGGCCUGUUUGACUUACAAGUAACGUUAACUAACGUUUAUCGGACACCGUCCCCAGUAAUCGCUAACGUUAGUUAACUGUUAGCGGGCAACGUUAGCUAGGAAAACGUUAUGCUUUAAGGAUUUCGAGACGUUAUUAAAACCGAAGGAUUGCCAUAUGGAUUCAUCUCGGCAACCGAAGCAGGCUAACCUGAAUCGAGAGCCAAAGCGCAGCCAGAAUCAGUCAAACACUCCACCUCAGAAAGAUGCCUAUGCCAGGCUUCUCAGCCAGCACUGCAGCACUAAGUUCAGUCUCUAUCUUGAACAAUAUGCAAAGGACACGUUGUUUCAGAAGGAUGGAAAUGGGCCAAGCGCACUGCCCAAAGCCCAGAGUGACAAGCUGAACAUACCACAGCGAAAAAGGGACAAAGUGCCCAAUGAUUUCUCUGAUUCAAGUGACUUCUCCCCCUCUUCCAUGAAAGGUAAAGGAGAGGAGAGUUCACUGUCUUUGUACAUGGAGAAACUAAGCACCCGCAGUACUCAGCAGGACUGUGAGAGGAAGCAGGGUUUAUCUGACAGGCAGCGACGGGGGAAAAGAAGGGACACCACCACCAGCCAGGAUGGAGACAUCGAGUCUGGCGAGGAACUAGUCUCUUUAAAACCCAUUGACUCAAAGAAACACCAGAAGCAGCAGCAGCAGCAAAAGAAAAAUAAGGAAUCUAAAGAGACCGACUCAUUUGUUGGACAUCCCCAGUCCCCAAAGAAAGCCAGUACAGGAAGUGGACAGGAGCCAGAGAAGAUGAUAAAAUCAAAGAAAAAAAACCUGUCAAAACACCCAGAGGAAGAGAGAAGCCGAGAAGGGACAUUAAAGUCUGGGGUUGAAUCUCAGAUGUCAAGGCCCAAAUCCCCUCAUGGUAAAGACAGAAAACUGCAGCAGUCCAGAGCUUCCAGUGCCAAUUCUCCUGCCGACAAGAGUAAGAACAAAGGAGGCAGAGGAUCAAAGAAACAAGUGUUUGAAUCCUACAUGACAUCUGAAGAGGUUUCCCAUGGCCUUAAAAGAGGAGAACUCAUUCAGGGACAGUUAAGGAUCAACCCAAAGAAAUACCACGACGGUUUCAUCCCAUCUCCUGAUGACACGCGGGAUAUAUUUCUGGAUGGGAUUGUAGCUCGCAACAGAGCGCUGAAUGGAGAUAUAGUGGUGGUGCAAAUCCUCCCUCGGGAGCAGUGGAAGGUUGUGAGGUCAGAUACUGACUGUGAUGGCGCCAGUGAGUCAGAGAACCAGAGAGAUAACAUGGCAUCAACAGCAAAGAAAAAGGCACAGCGCACCCCCAGGCCAGAUGUUACUGUGGCGGACCAGUGUAGUGACCAGGAUGAACUCAUCAACAAAGUUCAGAGUACCACCCUCACGGACACAGGGGAAGCUCUGGAGGACCCCUCAACCCCACGAUCCAAUGGGGAAAUACUCCAAAAGACCGCUAAAGUGGUGUACAUUGUUGAAAAGAAACACUCAAGAGCUGUUACUGGCUUCCUGAAAUUCCUACCAGAUAAGCCUUUUGCCAUGUUCUCCCCUGUGGACCAUCGGGUGCCGCGGAUUAACGUCCUCCUCGCUGACUGUCCCGAAGACUUUAGUUCCCGCCCGGGCGACUACACCAACACCUUGUUCAUAUGUCGGAUCACCAACUGGGCAGCCGACAGCAACUUUGCAGAAGGUAAACUUGCCAAGACACUGGGUCAAGCUGGAGAAAUCGAACCAGAGACAGAGGGCAUCCUGACGGAGUACGACGUUGAUUUUUCUGAGUUCUCAGAUGAGGUGUUAGACUGCCUACCCAAAAACCUGCCCUGGACCAUCCCUCCUGAGGAGAUGAGAAAGAGGAGAGACUUGAGGAAGGAGUGUAUCUUCACAAUCGACCCUGCUACCGCCAGAGACCUGGACGAUGCUCUGUCCUGUAAACGGCUCCCUGAUGGUAACUUUGAGGUGGGAGUCCACAUUGCUGACGUGAGUUAUUUUGUGGGGGAGGACAACGCUCUGGAUUCCAUUGCCAGCCAAAGAGCAACUAGUGUGUACAUGGUUCAAAAGGUGAUCCCCAUGUUGCCCAGGCUGCUGUGCGAGGAGCUGUGCAGUCUGAACCCCCUCACCGACAGACUCACUUUCUCUGUCAUUUGGAAUAUAACACCGGAGGGGAAGAUCCUGAGUGAGUGGUUUGGCCGCACGGUCAUCCGCUCCUGCGUGAAGUUGAGUUACGACCAUGCUCAGAGCAUGAUCGAAGCCCCUGAAAAGAUGUUCUCAACUGAGGAGCUGCCACCUGUUGACCCCGAGCACCCCAUUGAUGAGAUCCACCAGGCUGUGCUCAACCUGCACACCAUUGCCAAGAACCUCCGGGCUCAACGUUUCGCAGGAGGAGCACUCAGACUAGACCAGUUGAAACUGUCUUUCACCCUGGACAAAGAGACCAUGAUGCCUCAAGGCUGCUAUGUUUACCAGUACAGAGACAGUAACAAGUUGGUGGAGGAGUUGAUGUUACUGGCUAACAUCGCUACGGCCCACCACAUCCACCGAAAAUUCCCUGAGCUUGCCCUGCUCAGACGCCAUCCUCCACCGAAGGCCAAAAUGGUGGACGAGCUGCAGGAGCUUUGUGACCAGUUGGGAAUUGACAUUGAUCUGUCGUCUGCGGGAGCGUUGCAUAAGAGUCUCAAUACUACUCUUGGUGAUGACGAGUAUUCCACUGCCAGAAAAGAAGUCCUCACCCACAUGUGCUCCAGACCCAUGCAGAUGGCGUUGUACUUCUGUUCAGGCGUACUUAAGCAGGAGCAGUUUUUUAAGCACUACGCCCUCAAUGUUCCUCUCUACACUCACUUCACAUCGCCCAUCAGACGCUACGCUGACAUCAUUGUCCACCGGCUACUGGCUUCUUCACUAAAUUGUGGGCCUAAUUUGGGGCUGUCAACAGAAGAAGUCCAAAAACAGGCAUCUCACUGUAAUGACAGGAAGACUGUGUCCAAGAGAGUCCAGGAGCUCAGCUCUGAGCUCUUCUUUGGAGUGUUUGUGAAGGACUGUGGCCCUCUGGACUCUGAGGCCAUGGUGAUGGGAGUGCUGGAUCAGUCCUUUGAUGUGCUGGUUCUCCGAUAUGGAGUACAGAAACGCAUCUACUGCAAGUCUGUUGCAGGCCUGGACUCGUUCCGACAUCAUAAGGUGGGGAAGAAAUCAGAGCUCACUCUGGUCUGGACACCAGAGGACCCAGAGAAACCUCCAGUAGAGCAGGUCAUUUCAAUCUUCACGUUAGUGGAGGUGCAGCUCAAAGCGGACAGCGCACCCAUGAAAUACAGCGCAGUGCUCAAGAGGCCUGAGGAGAAUGCAUCAUAAAAGCUUAAAUGUGCCGUAGAGCACACAAACACUUGUAUGGAAAUUUGGAAUUGCACAUUUUGCUUUGUUGAUUGUUAGAAAUUACAUGUAGUUUAGAAGCAGUACUCCUGUGAUAAGCAGCGAAAUCACUGGUCAGGUCAGAGUCUGAUUUCACUUGAAAUUCCCACCAAGUUUUAUUUUUAAGGCCCAUUCCAGUGUUUUUUUUUUAAUCACAUGUUAGCCCACUUACUGCAAAUAACCCACGUACAUGAUUAAUGCCCAUUUUCCAAGGUAUAAUAAUGUGUUAAAUAUUUUGGAAUUUGCUGUGAAAGGGACUUUGCUUUGGUUUAAUUUCCAUUACAUUUAGAAAUCUCCAUUUAAAUUGAAAACAAAAGUUCAAAAUCUACCACGGUACUUUUUUGGAAAAUGGUUGUCUGUAUGAUUUUAUAGUAAGUGGUUUAAAGCAUGUAAACACUGAUAUAUAAAUUUAAGCCUCAGUGAACUCACUAAUGGGUAGACCUUGCUAUUUUUGUGGAAUUCAGUAUGGAUUACAAAUUGAAUUGUCACCCAGGUCUGACUGUGAAAGAACCAGUGCAUCUAUGAGUUUUAUUUUGCUGUUUUAUCGACCUAAUCAGGACCGUUUUGAUGUGACAUGACUGUUUAAUAUCAACGAUAUGGUUUCCUGAUUGUAAAAUUGAGGAGAGACCCAUAUUUUUGUUUGGAAAGCAAUAGUUUACCACACUACUGAAGUUUACUUAUUUUAGAUUUCUUUGACUUGACUAUGGAGGUUGUAAUAUAACUUCUUGUGGCCUGAGUGAAGCUACGUGGAACAUAAUGUAAAAAUGUAGCAGUAAUAAGAUAAAAGCUUUUGACUACAUCAAAUUCACAGAACAGGUACAUUAACAUUUGCAUAGAAACAUGCUAUCCAUGAGUUUUUAUAUUGCCGUAUGUAUUUAUAGUGUUUUAUGCAGGAAGAGUUUGAGAUUCAUCUGAGCUGUGAAUGAACAGCCUUCAUGUCAAAGCCAUGGAAUAUAGCUCACAGGACUUCUCAUUUGAUUUAAAUGAUUAAAAACGGGGUCUCCUGGACCUCAUUGAUCUUAGUUUAAAGGGACUUGGCCUACAUUUUCUGUUUUUAGUGUGCCAGUCAGGCUGAAGCUUAAUAAUGUAUCAACUCAUUGUUGUUCUUAGUACAAAACAUGGGAAUGACUUGAAUGUGAAUUGCUGCUGAAGAUGGUUGGUGGCCCUGAGAUCUUAAUGUGUUUUAUGUUUACUCAUGCUUUGAAGUGCUUCCAACUGUUGUGGGGCUGUUUUUAUGCUCAGACGUGAUUUGUGUAGCACAAAUACUUUUUUGACCUCAUUAAUAUCACGUGUAAAUUUCAGCCUUAAUUUAUCAAGUGAAGAUCAAACAACAUUUCAGUGCAGCUGCACAUUUUAAAUAGUUUUUUGGCCUCACCUUUUUUGUUUUGCUUUAAUUGAGUCAAUGUGCCUCUCUUCAGUAGUCACUCAUUCAGAUUUUAGUUGAACAGUGCCAUGUUGUGUCAUACAAAUAUAUGUUGCUACGUCUGCACAAUUGUUUUUGUUUUGGCUAUCAAAUCUUGUUUGUUUGACCGAUUUUGUUUUUAGGCGUGUCAGAAGUCCACUAGCUAAUGUUUUUAAGUUGUUAUUUAAAUGUAUUUUAAAGCGCCAAGUUAAGUGUUUGUGCAAAACAACUUUACUGACUUAGUAGGGUGUUUUUCUGUGAUUAGGUGUGAAAAAAUAAUUUUGAAAACCCAUGAAUGGAGGUAAGUCGAGAGAAAAUUCAAGUACAGUUUAUGUGUGCAAAGUUAUAUUGUGACUUGUAUGAUUCUGGUCUGUAUUCCGCUAAACCACCAUACUCAGCAGUAGAUAGUUGUCUUUGUCUCUAGGUAAAUAAAUACAUGCAUAACAUCCAUUAGUGAAAAUGA